GUCAAACGACAACUGUCCGUUGUCCGUGCUACACAUCAGAGGGGCACUACCCCAGUCAGCUUACCUAUAGAGUCAUCUUGAAUAAGAAGACUUGAAAAUAGUGAUUUUCGCAAUGAAUAAAUCGCUUUUUAUUCAAUUUGGUUUUCUUGUUUUACUUCUGAGGACAACCGAAGCCACCAUCGAGGCUAGUAUAAAUUCAAAUGACAUGAUAAAUGGGUCUAUCUCAAAUGAAUCUACCAUUUGCUACGACGAAUUGGGUUGUAUUAAUAACUUCUAUUUCGCCGAUCCAUUGCUAUGGCCAAUCGACUUGUUGCCUGAAUCAAGGACUAAGAUUAAUACAUAUUUCACGCUCUACACAAGAGACAUGCUGCCUAACAUACCGCCAUCACCUUUAAUUCGAAUAUCUGGACAAGAUCCAAAGGGAAUGAGUAAAGCGACAUUCAAAGCAACUCGUCCAACAAAAUUAUACAUCCACGGCUGGCGUGCAACCGGAUACGAAGGCCGUGUUCUUACUUUAAUCAAACGAUUAUUGGCAAAUGGAGAUUUUAACGUGAUCGUGGUUCAUUGGGGUGGAGGUUCAUCCGUCGAAUAUAAUCAAGCUCAUGCCAACAUUCGUCUCGUUGGUCUGGAAAUUGCUUUCCUUGUCAACACUAUGGUGGCCAAACUUGGUGCCAAGGCAUCAGACAUACAUUUGAUUGGACACAGCCUUGGAGCACAUACAGCGGGCUAUGCCGGGGAAAAGAUUCCAAACCUUGGUCAAAUCACAGGUUUAGACCCUGCCGGACCAUUUUUCCGUACAGUGCCAACCUAUGCCCGCUUAGAUCCCAGUGAUGCCCAAUUUGUUGAAGUUAUCCACACUGAUGGCGGGAUCCUAGGUGCUGGCCUAUUGGAACCUCUGGGACAUCUGGACUUUUACGCUAACGGGGGAAUGCGUCAGCCCGGUUGUGAGCCUUCCAACUGGGAUUCCAUCUUAAGUGAUCCUUUAGCGAUUCCAUCAGAUGUCAUCGCUUGCGAUCACACUCGAGCCGUUCACAUCUACAGCGAAUCGCUUCUCUCCAGCAGCUGCAAAACCAUCGGAUACGAAUGUUCUGACUACGACUCAUUCAACAAAGGCAAGUGCACGACCUGUGGCUCGGACAACACGCAUUGCGCACCGUUUGGCUUACAAGCCACAAGUUUCCCGACACGCAGCCGAACAAACGUCAAACUUUACUUCAACACUGGCGAAAGUUUCCCAUACUGCAGAUCGCAUUAUGCAGUUAGUGUUGAUUUGGCAAAGCCGUCCGAUGCUAAAUUGACAGUUAACGGAAACCUGGGAUUAACAGUUAGCGGAGCCAAUGGCGCCUUACCAUUUGUCCAACUGGCGAUCCAGAAUUUGCAACAAGGACUGAUUCAUCAGUUUCUCUUUAUUGUCCCUCCAACAGCCAACGCGAUUGCAGUUAACACAAUCAAUGCUUAUUGGACUUAUGUUGUGGCGGAUUUGUUGGAUUGCGUUUUGGGGUUGUGCAACAAGAAGCUGUACGUCAACAGCAUCACCAUUUCAGCGCUAAACAGCUACCCUGAAUCAAAUAGGAUCGCCAACACUUUCAAGAACUGUCCUCUGUUUGGACCUGGUGUCAUCUCUUCCGGAUUUACUUUGGAUUUUUCUGUCAACUACAAGUGUCCGUGAAUAUUCCAGAUAAAUUAACUGUCAAAUUUUGGACUCGGCGAACUUGAACGUAUUUUCAUUGACCAGCUAGUGGUUUAUUCAAACAACUCCUUAAUUAGUGUAUGGUGUCCUAUUUUACACUUGAGUUCAAGCUUCAUUUAACUUUUUAUGGAAAUACAUAAGCUAAUUUGCAUACCGUGAAA